AUGGCUGCCAUCGUCUCUCUUUUCGCCUUUGUUUUUGCCAUUGUUGGUCUCUCUAAUCUUUCCCUUAUUCAAGCUCAAAAGGGUGGUUUCAGUGUUGAAUUAAUCCACCGUGACUCCCCAAAGUCUCCCUUAUACAAUCAUUUAGAUACUACCUACAAUCGUGUAACCAAUGCCUUGCGUCGUUCUUUUAAUAGAGUUCAUCGUUUCAAACCGACUUCUGUGUCAACAAUGGAAGCCGAAGCCGAUGUUAUUGCAGAUUCGGGUGAAUACUUGAUGAAUAUAUCAAUUGGAACCCCAGCUUUUGAUAUUGUCGCCAUUGCUGAUACGGGAAGUGAUCUUAUUUGGACUCAAUGCAAGCCUUGUUCUCAGUGUUUCCCGCAAAACGCCCCUCUUUUCGACCCCACCGCAUCAUCAACAUAUAAAAAGUUUUCUUGCAGAACAAGUCAAUGUGGGGAUGUUGAAGGAACAUCUUGUUCAAGUAACGGUUCAUGCCAAUAUUCAGUCUCUUAUGGCGAUGGAUCUUACUCAAAGGGCGAAGUUGCUGCUGAUACACUCACCUUGGAUUCUACGACGGGUAGUCCAGUCGUGGUUCCAAAUGUUAUUAUGGGUUGCGGACAUGAUAAUGAUGGAAGCUUCGACGAGAAUACCUCUGGCAUCAUCGGCCUUGGAGGUGGCGACUCUUCGUUGAUUUCCCAAUUAGGAACUACAGUUGAUGGCAAAUUCUCCUACUGCUUAUUGCCCUUUUCCGAAGCUGGAAAUUCAAGCAAGAUGAACUUCGGUUCCGAUGCCAUUGUUUCUGGUAACGGAGCUGUUUCGACUCCAUUAACCAAACAAUCCCCUCAAACUUUCUACUUCCUCACCUUGGAAGCAAUCAGUGUGGGAACCAACCGAAUAAAGUAUACGGAUAAACCUUUUGGAACAGACCAAGGGAACAUCAUCAUCGAUUCCGGUACGACAUUGACUCUUUUACCAGAUGAUUUUUACUCGGAACUCGAAUCAGCGGUGUCUAGCAUGAUCAAUGCGACGAAGGUUAAUGGUCCCGAGGGUCUGAAUUUAUGUUACGAUGCUACAACAGAGUUUGCAGUGCCAGAUAUUACAGUUCAUUUCAGUGGUGCAGAUGUAAAAUUGCAGCCAUUAAACACCUUCGUCUUGGUUUCUGAGACAGUUGCUUGCUUUACAUUCAGUCCCGUUCCAAAUUUCGCCAUCUAUGGUAACUUGGCUCAGAUGAAUUUCUUGGUUGGAUAUGAUACUAUUAAACAGACGGUGUGGUUCAAACCUUCGGUUUGCUCUAAUUCAAUUGAAGAGUAUUCUUCUGAUUUAGAAAUUGAAAGAAUUAGAAAUGAUCAAGUUAGAGAAGAGUCAUUACAUCAGGAAGGAAGGGAUGUUGAUAUUCCUCGAAUAAUAGAUGACAGAGACAAAUCCAUCAGAGAACAUGUAGUGCCGAUCGUAGAUGAUCUGAAUCUAGGAAUUGUUAGGCCGCAUAUUAUUCAUUGCAAGAUCGUGCCAGAGCAUGGUUAA